GACUGCGUUUCCUUGCCGCCUGUGCGGGCUCAGGCUGCAUCUAAGCUGGGGGAGGGGAAUCAUGGCAGCUGCCCUUGGGGGUGGAGCCAAUGACUGACCUGCAAGCAUCGAAACAGAGGUACAAUGUAUCCCCCCCCCAUUCCCCCCUCCCGCCCAGGAAAAUAAAAAUCUGAUAUACAGACUGUAGAUCCCUAUGAAUCCAUCCCUGUUCGUUGUGGAAGGUGCAUGAGACUCAUCUGGGAGCUGCCUGGACGCCAUGGAGCACAUCCGAAUGCCCAAGGUGGAAAAUGUCCGCUUAAUUGAUCGUAUAUCUUCCAGGAAAGCAGCACUUGGGACUCUGUAUUUAACAGCUACUCAUGUUAUUUUUGUGGAAAAUGUGUCUGAAACUCGUAAAGAAACUUGGAUUCUUCACAGCCAAAUUUCCUCCAUUGAGAAACAGGCCACAACUGUUACUGGCUGCCCUUUGCUGAUUCGCUGCAAGAACUUCCAGAUCAUCCAGCUUAUCAUACCUCAGGAAAGAGAUUGCCAUGAUGUUUACAUAUCUUUAAUACGUCUGGCACGGCCAGUGAAAUAUGAAGAGCUCUACUGCUUCUCAUUCAACCCAAAGUUAGAUAAAGAAGAGCGAGAACAAGGAUGGAAGCUUGUGGGCCUCAAUGAAGAAUACAAUCGGAUGGGUGUUCCAAAUAACUAUUGGCAGAUCAGUGAUGUAAACAGAGACUACCAAGUCUGUGAUUCAUACCCCACUGAAGUGUACGUACCAAAAUCUGCAACUGCACACAUCAUUGUGGGGAGCUCUAAAUUCCGGAGCAGAAGACGUUUCCCAGCCCUUUCCUACUACUGUAAGGAUAAUAAUGCUUCAAUCUGCAGGAGCAGCCAGCCCUUGUCUGGUUUCAGUGCUCGGUGCCUUGAGGAUGAACAGAUGCUACAGGCCAUCAGAAAGGCAAAUCCAGGAAGCAAUUUCAUAUAUGUUGUUGACACUCGGCCUAAACUCAAUGCAAUGGCAAACAGAGCAGCAGGGAAAGGAUAUGAGAAUGAAGACAAUUACUCCAACAUCAAGUUUCAGUUCAUUGGUAUUGAGAACAUCCAUGUUAUGAGGAGCAGUCUGCAAAAAAUGCUAGAAGUUUGUGAGCUGAAGUCCCCUUCUAUGAGUGACUUCCUCUGGGGCCUGGAGAAUUCUGGCUGGCUAAAACACAUCAAAGCCAUCAUGGAUGCGGGCAUCUUCAUUGCAAAGGCUGUGGCAGAGGAAGGCAUGAGUGUUCUUGUUCAUUGCUCAGAUGGCUGGGACAGAACAGCUCAGGUUUGCUCUGUAGCAAGCCUUCUAUUAGAUCCAUUUUACCGAACUAUAAAGGGAUUUAUGGUAUUAAUUGAAAAAGAUUGGGUUUCCUUUGGGCACAAAUUUAAUCACAGGUAUGGCUAUUUAGAUGGAGAUCCAAAAGAGAUAUCCCCAGUUAUCGAUCAGUUCAUCGAGUGCGUUUGGCAGCUAAUGGAACAGUUUCCCUGUGCCUUUGAGUUCAAUGAAAGAUUCUUGAUCCACAUACAACAUCAUAUCUAUUCCUGCCAGUUUGGUAACUUUCUGUGUAACAGCCAGAAGGAGAGGCGAGAGCUGAAAAUUCAAGAACGAACAUAUUCGCUUUGGGCUCAUUUGUGGAAGAAUCGUGCAGAUUACAUGAAUCCUCUGUAUAGAGAAGACCACAGUCAGACCCAGGGGACACUGCGCCCACAGACAGCUCCCUGCAAUUUAUUGUACAAGUUCUGGAGUGGUAUGUAUACCCGCUUUGAAAAGGGGAUGCAUCCCCGGCAGUCAGUUACCGAUUACCUGAUGGCAGUGAAAGAAGAAACUCAGCAGUUAGAGGAAGAGCUGGAAGUCUUAGAACAGAGAUUGGCAGAUCUCAAAAAAGUGCAGUUAAACAAUAGAAAAGAAAACUCUAAGCAACAAGACCACAACACACAUUUAGGGCCUUCUACCUCUAACAACAGCAUAGCUAACACACCCCAGGAUUACAUUAAUAAUGUGAAAUCAUUCCCAUCCCGGAGCCCUUCACAAGGAGACGAAGAAGACUCAGCCCUGAUUCUGACCCAGGACAACCUGAAAAGCUCUGAUCCUGACCUCUCAGCCAACAGUGAUCAGGAGUCAGGUGUGGAAGAUUUGGGCUGCAGGUCCCCAAGUGGUGGUUGUUGCCUGCCUAGUGAAGACAGUGGCAAAGAUUCAGAUGAAGCUGUGUUUCUCACUGUCUGAAAUGGCAUCUGUUCAUCAGAUGAAGAACAGGCACGGUCCUUGAACAUUUAAAAAAAUUCCAAAGAAAAGGAGCUGUACAAUUGUGUAUGUAAAGGACCAGGCAGAACCACCACUUAUUACAGCUAAUAAGACACAAUGUUAAUGAAAGGUAAUCUGUGCUAUUAUGAACAUUUAUUUAAGCCCCUUGUGGUUGCUUCUUUUAACCUUAUCAGAGCCAUAAAGAAUUAUUCAUUUAUUUUUGCUUUCCAAAUGUUAUUUUUAUAUUUCCAUAAUUAUGCCUACUGUACAUAACUGUGUUUUUGUUGAGUAUUUUUGCCUUGAAGGUAGUUGUGUACAUUGUGGAAAUAUUGGGUUUGUUUCUUAAAAUUUUCAAAUUUAACAAUUUUGUGAAAAAAAUUCUAUUAAAAUCCUUUCAAAAAAGA